GCUAUUACGUCCCAGCGUCUGAGAGAACGAGUAAGCACAGAAUUCAAAGCAUUCUGCAGCCUGAAUUUUGAAGGAGUGUGUUUAGGCACUAAGCAAGCUGAUUUAUGAUAACUGCUUUAAACUUCAACAACCAAAGGCAUAAGAUCUGGGAGCUGCUGACAUUUCAAUAUGAAGGGCAACUCCACCCUUGCCACUACUAGCAAAAACAUUACCAGCGGUCUUCACUUCGGGCUUGUGAACAUCUCUGGCAACAAUGAGUCUACCUUGAACUGUUCACAGAAACCAUCAGAUAAGCAUUUAGAUGCAAUUCCUAUUCUUUACUACAUUAUAUUUGUAAUUGGAUUUCUGGUCAAUAUUGUCGUGGUUACACUGUUUUGUUGUCAAAAGGGUCCUAAAAAGGUUUCUAGCAUAUACAUCUUCAACCUCGCUGUAGCUGAUUUACUCCUUUUGGCUACUCUUCCUCUAUGGGCAACCUAUUAUUCUUAUAGAUAUGACUGGCUCUUUGGACCUGUGAUGUGCAAAGUUUUUGGUUCUUUUCUUACCCUGAACAUGUUUGCAAGCAUUUUUUUUAUCACCUGCAUGAGUGUUGAUAGGUACCAAUCUGUCAUCUACCCCUUUCUGUCUCAAAGAAGAAAUCCCUGGCAAGCAUCUUAUAUAGUUCCCCUUGUUUGGUGUAUGGCCUGUUUGUCUUCAUUGCCAACAUUUUAUUUUCGAGACGUCAGAACCAUUGAAUACUUAGGAGUGAAUGCUUGCAUUAUGGCUUUCCCACCUGAGAAAUAUGCCCAAUGGUCAGCUGGGAUUGCCUUAAUGAAAAAUAUCCUUGGUUUUAUUAUCCCUUUAAUAUUCAUAGCAACAUGCUAUUUUGGAAUUAGAAAACACUUACUGAAGACGAAUAGCUAUGGGAAGAACAGGAUAACCCGUGACCAAGUCCUGAAGAUGGCAGCUGCUGUUGUUCUGGCCUUCAUCAUUUGCUGGCUUCCCUUCCAUGUUCUGACCUUCCUGGAUGCUCUGGCCUGGAUGGGUGUCAUUAAUAGCUGUGAAGUUAUAGCAGUCAUUGACCUGGCACUUCCUUUUGCCAUCCUCUUGGGAUUCACCAACAGCUGCGUUAAUCCGUUUCUGUAUUGUUUUGUUGGAAACCGGUUCCAACAGAAGCUCCGCAGUGUGUUUAGGGUUCCAAUUACUUGGCUCCAAGGGAAAAGAGAGAGUAUGUCUUGCCGGAAAAGCAGUUCUCUUAGAGAAAUGGAGACCUUUGUGUCUUAAACGUGAGAGCAAAAUGCAUGUAAUCAACAUGGCUACUUGCUUUGAGGCUCACCAGAAUUAUUUUUAAGUGGUUUUAAUAAAAUAAUAAAAUUUCCCCUAAUCUAAUCUUUUCUGAAUCUUCUGAAACCAAAUGUAACUAUGUUUUAUCGUCCAGUGACUUUCAGGAAUUGCCCAUUGUUUUUCUGAUAUGUUUGUACAAGAUUGUCAUUGGUGAGACAUAUUUACAACCUAGAAGUAACUGGUGAUAUAUCUCAAAUUGUAAUUAAUAAUAGAUUGUGAAUAAUGAUUUGGGGAUUCAGAUUUCUCUUUGAAACAUGCUUGUGUUUCUUAGUGGGGUUUUAUAUCCAUUUUUAUCAGGAUUUCCUCUUGAACCAGAACCAGUCUUUCAACUCAUUGCAUCAUUUACAAGACAACAUUGUAAGAGAGAUGAGCACUUCUAAGUUGAGUAUAUUAUAAUAGAUUAGUACUGGAUUAUUCAGGCUUUAGGCAUAUGCUUCUUUAAAAAAGCUAUAAAUUAUAUUCCUCUUGCAUUUCACUUGAGUGGAGGUUUAUAGUUAAUCUAUAACUACAUAUUGAAUAGGGCUAGGAAUAUAGAUUAAAUCAUACUCCUAUGCUUUAGCUUAUUUUUACAGUUAUAGAAAGCAAGAUGUACUAUAACAGAAUUGCAAUCUAUAAUAUUUGUGUGUUCACUAAACUCUGAAUAAGCACUUUUUAAAAAACUUUCUAUUCACUUUAAUGAUUGUUUAAAGGUUUCUAUUUUCUCUGAUACUUUUUUGAAAUCAAUAAACACUGUGUAUUGUUGUAAAAUGUAAAGGUCACUUUUCACAUCCUUGACUUUUUAGAUGUGCUGCUUUGAUAUACAGGACAUUGAUUUGAUUUUUAUUAUUAAUGCUUUGGUUCUGGGUUGUUUCCUAAAAUAUCUGGGUGGCUUAAAAAAAAAAACUCUUUAACUUGUAAUAAACCCUUAACUGGCAUAGGAAAUGGUAUCCAGAAUGGAAUUUUGCUACAUGGGGUCUGGGUGGGGGCAAAGAGACCCAGUCAAUUACAUGUUUGGUACCAAGAAAGGAACCUGUCAGGGCAGUACAAUGUGACUUUGAAAAUAUAUACCAUGGGGGUAGUUUUACCCUAUAUCUAUAAACACUGUUUGUUCCAGAAUCUGUAUGAUUCUAUGGAGCUAUUUUAAACCAAUUGCAGGUCUAGAUACCUCCUUCUCAGCACUAUUAAAGCUCCUAAGUUAGAGGAGUGCCUAAAACCGAGUUACCUAAAGUUUACUUACAUUAAAGUAUGAAAAUUAAUUUUAGAAAUUUGAGACUUUAUUCUGUACCAGCCCUGUAUAAUAACAGGUUAUCUAGGACCUUCCUCUGAGGUAGGUCUAAAUACUGAUCUCUGAGGCGGAACUAACGUUUUGGGGACUCAGCAUCUCUGCCAGGUUCCAGGAUUAUAGACAGAAGAGUCCUGUCAUACCACUUUCUGGAAAAGUCCUAAUUUCAUGUAAUCCUUUUAUUUUCAAUAAAAACAAAUAGCUAAAUGUAUAACCAACUAUGAUGUUAUGUUUUCAAUAAUUUUGUAAAACAGCUCAUAUAAAUAAAAUUUUUAAUUGGAAGAACA